GUGGAUCCGCGGAGUCGGUGCGCGCGAGAGUUUGACACGCGGAAACGAUCGAGUGACGUCACACGCCGGGCCAUGCAAACGUCCGAAGAGAGUAACAGCGAUAUGUUCGUUUAUUUGACGCACAUAAGUGACGCGCUGUGAAUCCAGGCAGAGGUGUCGGUCUGAUCCGGGAUGUGUUCCGAUCCUCUUCCGAGCUGGAGUCCGACUACGGCUCACUGAGGGGGUGUGUUGCCCUAAAAACAAUCCAGUGCACUUUUGCGAAGACAUAGCUGUUCCUUUUUUUAAUUAUUCUCAGACAAAGACUUAAGGAUUUGAGUACAGAUUUUGUUGAGCUUCUGGUCGUCCCAUUUGGUCUGUCCUGCUAAAAGACAGAGACAGAGAGAGAGAGAGAGAGAGAGUAGGGCAGCUGUGAAGUCCCAGACAGGGUCAUGCAUUCGGCAACAAGGCGAAAGAAGGCAGGCCUGGUCAGAAAUCAUUCUCAGGAGCGUGCAGACGUACAGAAACACUGCCAAGACUCCAUCUUUCAGGCAUCGCCCGGUCUUGCCAAGUCAGAGCAGUCGAACACCGUGCUUUUCUUACAGUCCAGCAAUGUCAAUCUGCAAUACCGGAGUCUUGAAUCAGUAGAGAUGGAUGAAAUAAUGGCUGCGAUGGUCCUCACCAGUCUGUCCUGCAGUCCCGUGAUCCAAAGCUCUUCACAGAGAGAUCCUUUACCACAUGGCUCACUGGAUAUGGAGUGUGGUGGAGGGGAGCUGUCAGACAGCGGCAGCAGUGGCUACUGGAGCUGGGAGCACAGCAGUGUCAGUCCUGCUCCCUCACCCUCUGUCACCGACACUGACAGCAGCAUGGGGCAGCGGACAGAUGAGGGGCUGCACAUAGAGCUGGAUCUGGCAGCAGGUGACGAGCAUGAGAUCAGACAGUGUAUGACUUCAAGCAGGGGAGUAUAUAGGUGUCUGUGGCCCGGCUGCGGCAAAGUGCUGACAUCACGGGUUGGGAUAAAGCGGCACAUUCGCAUUCUCCAUCUCGGCGGAGCAGAACAGUCUCAUAGAGAAGAAGAUUUUUAUUAUACUGAAGUCUUCUCCGAAGAAGAUGAACCAACGUCUCCGUCUUUAUCUUCGUCAUUCACCAGUGCACUUUGGUCCUCGUACAGCUCCGCCCCCAGCCAGCACACUUCCCGAAAUGCCCGGUCAUCUUCCAGCACUCUCAGCCAAUCUGCCCCCGGUAGUGUGUGGCAGAUACAUACGGAACAUCUCUACCAGGCUUGUGCACCCAUUGAGGUAACCACAUCCCCAAACUCUUCAUCCUCCUGCGAUUGCACUUUAGCUGCAUUCCCUCUGAGGCCUCAGGUCAGCAUGUCACGUAGCCGGUCCGUCAGCAUGGGUGAGCAGUGGCUACAGCGGAACAACACACCUACCAGAUCACACACUUUGAGUGCAUCGCCAUCCAGAGGCCAGUGCUCCAGCCGGAAAGGUCGGGGCGAGGCAAGAAAGUGCCGCAAAGUGUACGGCGUGGAGCGCAGGGAGCAGUGGUGCACGGCUUGUCGCUGGAAGAAGGCUUGUCAGCGCUUCCCUGACUAAAAAAAUAACAAUCCUUUCUUUUAUUCGCCUCCUCUCGGCAGUGUAGAAGACACAGACAAUCCCAUUUUUACCUUUUGUACCUGUUUUCCAUAAAGGUUAAGGCAUAUUUUUUAUGAUCUAUUUCUGUGACGUGAGUUCCGGUCAGAAAUGUGGCGCAGUCCUUGAUCCCUUAAACCAAUAAAGCUCUUAAAAACAAUUUUUAUAAUUUCCUUGCAUAAUUUAAGUGAUUUUCAGUUCUGUACAGUAUAUAGUUAACAUCUGUACAGUCUUUUUUCUUUUGCUGAAACCUGUUAAAAUUCAUCUCUGGUUUGGUUUAAGUACAUAAGGGUUAAAGGUACAGUAUUGGCAAAUGCUGAGCAGCUGUGCUAUGCUUUUCCAUCAUGUGUAACAGUAUUACGAUUUGUGUAUGUGUGUGAUGUAUUAAAAUGUUAGACAAUUAUUAUACACACACAGUACUCAUAAAGAACAGGGAACUGUCAGGGUAAAGGCCAAAAAGACUCUGCUCUACUUUACCCAUCAGCCCCGGGACAUCACAUGUCGACCACUCACCUGUCUCCACACCUUGAUUAGUUUCCUUUAGUGUCCAGCUUCUGUCCUAUCCGCCGUGCAUGCCUUUUAUUGCUCAUAGUUUCUUUUUUUGCUGAAUGUAUAAAGUCCAUGUUCAUGAUUUUUGUGUUCUCUGUUGUGUGUGUUUGUUUGCAUUCACUCAUUUGGUUAAUAAAAGAUCUGCACUUGCA